GACCCAUCUUCCCUUCAGGUCAUUUUUGUCCCAAACUCAAAUGAAACCCUAGUUUGUUCUCUCGCCGAAGCGUAUCAUUGCCUUGCUGGAAAAUAGAAGGAAAAAUCACAUCUGCAACUCUUGGAGAAGAAAACAUGGUUGAUAAGGCUUUUCAUUGCAGAAGAUCGAAGGAGCUCACCGGACAUCUACAUCUCUCGGACAAAAAAACACGGUUUUCUUGGACCAAGGAAGAAAAAAACAAUUUGGAGGGUUCCGCCACAGUUUAUCAAAAGCUUACAGAAAUGAAAGUUGGAGGUAGCGGUCACAAUAUCCGGGGGGUUGAAUCUAGACGUACAUGGAGUAUAGGGGAGGAAGAUGCUUUGCUGUUUAUUUUAGAUGAGGUUGUAGCUAGUGGGCAGCGAUGUAACACAGAAUCAUUCAAGCCUGGCACAAUUACUAUGAUUGAGAGGCGAUUGGCUAAGAUAUGUCCUAACUCGGGGUUGCAAGUAAAUCCACACAUUGAGUCAAAGAUGAAAAAGUGGAAGAAGCAAUAUGGUAUAAUAUACGAUAUGCUAAACAAAAGUGGCUUGGAAUGACUCUCUUAAAUGUGUGGAAGUUGAUAGUGAUGAAAUUUGGAAAGUAUAUGUGCAGCUUUUGAAACUUUGGACAUCUUCUUUCAUUGAAUUUUUUAACUUGAUAUAUGAAGUUAUGUUUUUCUAUUGUUUACAAUUAAAAGUUUAUUUUUUUAUUUUAGAGUAAUACAAGUGCAAAGACAUGGAGAGGUAAACCGUUUUUGAUGUAGAUAGACUUGUUAAUAUUUUUGGAAAGGAUCGAGCAACAGGACAUGGAGCACAAACUCCAAUUGGUAUGGUCAAUGAUUUGAAUUUGAAGAGUGGAAAUGAACAAUUUAAUGAUGUGUGUUCUUCAAUGUCUAUGAAUGAAAUACAUAGUGAACUGUCCACUCAACCCAAAUCAAGAGGUAAGAGAAAAUCUGGGUUGAAGGAUGAUGACAUUGUGAGCGGGUUUGGCAAUGUAGCAGAGAAAUUGUUUGAUAAAUUGGCUGCAAAAUUAGAUAAAUCUGAAGCCAGUUAUCCAUAAUACUUAACUAUGGAGCUUGACAGGUUAGGCUUUUCUGUUGAUGACAAUCUCAAAAUCUCUAAGGCAAUGAGAUUGGAUUCAUCGAACUUUGAGGUUUUUAAGAUUAUUAGAACGGAUGUGGGCAAGAUUGAAUUUGCUAGAAAAUUUUUAAAUUACUCAGUAUUGUUGUGGGUCAUAUAUUUAAGAUUAUGUAUGAGGGGAUGAUAAUUAUGAACACUUGGAUUUGAACUUUAUGGACAUAUGUGGUA